AUGAAAACUGUGGGUUUAUCUUUGACUUUCCCUUUCCCUUUCCCUUUCCCUUCGCAAACUUGAAAGGAACGAACUUCCUUCCUUCCUUCCUUCCUUCUCUAAAUUUGAACAGAAACCGAUCAAUUUGUAAAAUCAUGGAUCAAAUCAAUGCUCUCAAAGGCUAUGGCAAACUCACUCACCUCAACCUCGACCUCGAACAUCAAAUUCCCCCACCCCCCUCCAAACCAAACUCCAAAUUCCCCACCAACCACAAUUUUUCUCUCCUACUCCGCUUCGCCGCCGCCAUCUCCGCCCUCCUCCUCACCGCUCUAAUCAUCAGUCUGAUCGUCGGAGUCUACAUCCACAACUCCACCCCCGACAACAAAUCAUCAUCUAAUAACGCUGCCCACACAAUCAGCAUCGUCUGCAACGUAACUCGUUACCCUAAUUCCUGCUUCACCUCAAUCUUUUCUCUCAAUUCCUCUCCCCAACCCGACCCCGAACUCAUUUUAAACCUCUCUCUCCAAGUUUCCCUAAACGAGCUCUCCAAUAUGUCCCGAUGGCUAAAAAGCGUAGGUGGAGAGGGCGACGGAGGAGCAGCAGCAGCUUUGAAGGACUGCCAGAGCCAAAUCGAAGACGCAAUUAGCCAAGUCAAUGAUUCGGUAGCAGAAAUGAGAGGCGGUUCCGGGGAGAAGACGUUGACGGAGAGUAAGAUCGGGAACAUUCAGACGUGGAUGAGCAGUGCGAUGACGAAUGAGGAAAGCUGUUUGGAGGGAGUGGAGGAGAUGGAUGCGACGUCGUUUGAAGAGGUGAAGAGGAGGAUGAAAAAGUCCAUAGAAUACGUAAGCAACAGCUUGGCCAUCGUGGCUAACAUCCACGUCAUUCUUGACAAAUUUAAUAUGCCACUUCACUAAUUUUUAUUUUUAAAAUGUAAUCAUCAUCAUCAUCAUCAUGUUCAAUACAAAUACCCCUUUGUUUGUUUGUUUUUCUUUUAAUUCCCUCAAUGAAAAGAAAAAAUAAAUAGUCCUUGUUGAUACUUUGGAAAUUGUAUUUAUUUGACAAAUUUUAGUCUUGCUUCUCUAACAAUGAAAUGCUCAAAUUUGCAAUGCAAUCUAUUCUU